UGUGCGCUUGCGCAUUGACGCGGUCUCUUAGGGAGAACUGGGAGGUAGGUGGGAGUUUGUGCCGUAAUGCUCUAUUUGCGCGAGCGUUCCGGCAGUGAAGGCGUCUCUCCGGAGGCUGUCACCGAGUGAAGAAAAAGUGAGAUAAAUCGAGGUUCCCCUUUCACUUUGAUGAUGGGCUACUCGUGUAUCACCGCCGUGCUUUGCUUAAGCCUCGGUCUGCUCGUUUCUUCGUACAAGAUCGAGGCACAUGAAUGGGACAAGUUGAUUCUGACUCACCAGUGGCCUCAGACAUUUUGUGCUAUGGAGUCUUGUGAAACCAACUUGACCUACUGGACCAUUCACGGACUUUGGACAAAUAAAGGAAACCUGUGUAAUUCAUCUUGGCACUUCAAUGCAAGUCAAAUACAGGAUUUGUUGCCAGAGAUGAGGAAAUGGUGGCCUGACCUUCUGAGUUCCGGCCCCUCUGCCUCCUUCUGGAAACACGAGUGGAUGAAACAUGGGACCUGUGCUGCCAAGGAGGAGGCCAUGAACAGCGAGCACAAGUACUUCAGCAAAGCCCUGGAGCUCUACCACAAGAUGGACCUCAGUGGGGUUUUGACACGAGCCGGGAUCGUGCCGGGAGAGAAUCCCUACUCUCUGGAGAAGAUCGAGGGGGUGAUCGUCAGUGUCUACAGUGCAAAGCCAAAGAUUCAGUGCACUCAUCUUAAUGGGCAGAUUGAGCAGGCCCUGGGCCAGAUUGAGAUCUGCUUCAACCGGGCGUUCCAGCUGACGGACUGUGAGGAGCACGAGGCAGAUGCGUGGGGUGGCCUGAACGACGUGCUGGCCUACGAGCUGGACGAGUGGGGGGGAUUCGCCGUCUGCAACAGCUCGAUGCCUGUGGUGUACCCCCCUUAUAAAAGUGCAAAGCAGAUGGGGGGUGGGUACCUACCACAAAGCAAUGACUAAUCACCGACCAAUCAGCUGUUCUUACAGAGUAAAGGGAAGUGCUUUUCAAUCGUGUUUUAAUCUCUCAGGUGCUUGGCGAGGGUGGAGGGUAAAAAAUACUGAUAGGUGUCUCUGUGGUGACCAAACCCUGCCCCCUGCGGGGUAUCAUCCUUUCCACAUGUUUGUGAUAUUUCCCCAACAGUCCAUAUGAUUUCACUUAAGUGCUUUUAGACUGAGGUCAAUUGGUUGAUUAGUUUAAUUAGAUUGUGUGAUGGUGUAAUGAAAUGGGUGGUGGGCUUGGGUGGGGCUUGGGGAUCCAUGGAAUUAGGGGACGUUCCUCUCAGGGAAUUGCAGAGAAGUGGGCGGCUUUGAUGGCCAGUAGCAGGGGCUUAAGGUGCUAUUUCCUAUGCAGUCAUGUUCCCAGUGGAGUGGCUGCUGAUUUCUGAGGCUCCGUAUUUGACUUGAUGAGCUUACUUUCGGUGCUUUUGUUCCCAGUUAUCUUAGGCAAUGGAUUCAGAUACAGGUGCUUCUGUACAGUAAUAAAAUGCAUACAUGAGGAUGACAAA